AUGUCCGUCAAUAGUCUAAAUAAUGUUCAUGAAGAUGAACAAAUUGAUAUAGAUGUUACCAGUACAGAAGCUUUCAGCGCAUGCCUUGACAAAAUAUUUUUACUCAACGUUGGUCAAGAUCCAAUGACCAUUAUGAUAGAUCAAUUAUGGGCGGAGAUUGUCGAUUUGUUUAAUAAAGGGAAAAAACCUGUUCCGGAGAUUAUUAGAAACUUUCUCGAUACAAAUUAUAAAUCUGCCCGUGAUGUCUUUAAAUGGUUAUUAUUCUAUCAUAAAAACAAAUCAGAAUAUGAAUGUCUUUUAGGUAUAUUCUUUCGUUGGAAUAUUGGGACUGAUGGUACUAAAGGGAGCGCUUUUCAACAUUUUCAAGAUGCUGCAGCAAAUCAGAACGCUUUAGCAAAAUACUUUGUCGCAAAAUGCUACGAGGAUGGUUGGAAUGUUAAGAAAAAAAGAGCCAAAGCUACUGAAUUUUUUACACAAGCAAGCGAUGAGUGCGCAGCUGCAGGAUACGCACUUGGUGCAUAUUACUACAAAAAACAGAAAUUUUUUAUUGCAAUGAAAUGGUUGCAAAAAUCUGCCGACAAGGAAAAUGUUAUGGCAUUACAUUUACUGGGGAAAUGUUAUCAAAAAGGGCUGGGAACAAAUAUUAAUGUAUCUAGAGGAUUUGCGUUAUUUAUGCAGGCCGCUGAAGGUGGUUCUCCUGAAGCUCAAUGUGAUGUCGGUCAAUGUUUUGAAUUUGGUCACGGAACUCCGAAAGACCUAGGAAAAGCAUUCGAUUGGUAUAGAAAAGCUGCCACCAAUGGUGUUGGAUGUUAUACCGAUUUAGAGCGUGUAAGGGCAAAGAUAAUGAAACAGAUUUAA